CACUAAAUAGCAGAAUGAGUCAUAAGUUUUAAUAAUUUUCGGCGUGUUGACCUCACGUUUCAAACUGCCGGGCUUUCACUAUGUUACGCAGCAGUUUGGCAACGACUACGCAAACAAAAUUCUCUCGAAAAUCUCAAGUUGCCAACGGCGCUGUGCUUGCGGCGUGGUCUCGCGGGCGCCUGGCUCCAUCGGCGAUGGCCGUGGCCGCGGUGUCAGCGGACGCUUCGCUACUCCGGCGGUUCGGCAUUGGAGACGCGCACUGUCAUCCACAGGAUGAUGGCGAGGACACCGCGCGCCGCAUCCUGGCCCUGUCCGCGGCGCACGUGGCGGUGAUGGGCACGCGGCUGGGCGACUGGGCGGACGUGGAGGCACUGGCGCAGGCGGCACCGCACAAGGUGAUUCCCUGCUUCGGCGUGCACCCCUGGUUCGCGCACCGGCACGCGCUACAUCCCGACCAGGCCACCCAGCCCGCGGCGCUGCUGGACGCGCCCGCCAACGGCCGCGACAGCCCCGACCGCCACCCGGCCCUCUUGGCGGCGCUGGGCCCGGGCGGCGACUUGGCGGUGGCCGCGCCGGAGCAGUGGCGGCCGCGGCUGCGGGAGCUGCUGCUGCGGCACCCGCAUGCGCUGGUGGGCGAGUUCGGCCUGGACCGGGCGGCGGUGGUGCCGGGCAGCCGCCUGCAGCCGGGCUGGGACCACCAGCUGGCGCUCACGGAGGCGCACCUGGCGCUGGCGGCGGAGCUGCGGCGGCCGGUCAGCAUGCACUGCGUGCAGGGCUACGGCCACCUGCAGGACAUGCUGCGGCGGCUGGGGCCUGAGGGCUGCCCGCCCAAGAUCAUGCUGCACAGCUACGGCGGCAGUGUGGACUUAGUAAAGGGCUUCACGCGGCUACCGGGCGGACUGGGCGAGCGGAUCUACUUCAGUUUCUCUGACGUCAUCAACGGCCGCAAGCCCGGCCAGCGCGCCAAGCUGCUGCAGCGGCUGGCGGCGGUGCCGGCGGAGCGCCUGCUGCUGGAGAGCGACCAGAACUCGCCCGCGGGCAUCGACAGCGGCCUCGUGUACAUUCUGGAAGCGGUGGCAGAGGCGCGCGGUGUCAGCGUGGAGACUGCCGCCGAGGCCGCCGCCGCCACCUUCCAGGAUUUCUUCCAGAGCUGCCUGGCCGCCAUGCAUGCUACAGCUAUGGGUGCCAGCAACGGCUGCAACAGUGGCGAUGGCAGUAGCAGCAGAAAUGGCAGUGGCGGCGCGGAGGAGGGUGGCGACCUGGCGGGGUGUGGCGGGGUCGGGAAGGGAGGGGGCGGGGCAAGUGAGUUGGGGAGACAGGCGUAGGCAGCGGCGACCGGUCAGGCGACGUAGACACGAGCAGACGUUCUCAGGGGCCCCACACAGGGGCGAGGCAGGUGUAGGUGCUGUAAGAGAGGACGUUUAUGCGCGUAUGCGGCAGUGGGGUUGUGCUCGAGUCGCAACCAGUGGUGACGAGGCGGGGCGGGUUAUGGCGCGGCUGAGUGCAGGUGGUGCUUGCGCGUGUGUGCAUCAAAAGAAGUCAACCGGCAGUCCGGUGUGUGGUGGCGCUACGCGUCUAUGGUGCGCCCGACGGCUGGCGUGUGCCCAC